GAUUGUUGUUUACUUUGAGAAGAACCAAACAAAAGAAUUUUCCAUCUGGAGAUAAAGAGACCACAAAGUGUACAAUAAACAAACUAAAAGAAAAACAAUUCUAAUUUUAGAACUCGAAGAGAAACGAUUUGAGCAACAUGUUGAUGACGAUCAUUUCAAUGAUCGCCAGUGUGAACUAAACAAAAUGUUCUUUAGUUUAAUUUUUGUCGCCAAAUAGUAGACAGUGGAAAAUAUUAAAAAAAUUAUUUUAUUUGCUGGCUUGGAAGAAAUUGCAUCAUUAUGGUUUUUCGAAAAUAUUAUCAUUUUCAUAUAGUUGUGUUUGUCGCUUUUAUUUCACAAAUCAAUGGAGACAUAAAUUCUUCAAAUCCUAUAAGACCAACCAUACUUUUAGGGGCUCCAGCCCAAGUUAUAAAUGGUGAACACAUUUCAUUGGACUUUUAUGCAGCUGUAGAAUUGAGUGAUUGUGCAAAAAAUGAUUUGCAGACAUUACUUCACAAUUUUCUAGAGAAUUUGCAGAAAAAUCUUUCUACGUCAUCAAUUCUCAAUACGGUGGUGGCCAAACCAAUAGACAUUGAAAUGAAUCGAUAUCAACUAGGAAAAUUAAAUGAUUUGGCUGAUUACUUUCAACAUUCAUCAGAUACUGCGGGCCGAUUUGCACAAAAAGCUGAAAAUUUUUUCGAAACAUCCAAGAAUGAGAGUCACUCGUUGCUGCUUAAAUUACGACAAUUGCCAUCGGCUCAACGUUUUCUGCCCACUGCUGUGAAAAUGCGAUUAACAGAUUAUUUUGCUGAAAUGGAGUUUUUUCACGUUAUGUUUUCAGAAAUUAUCGAUGAGGCUCUUGAGUACAUUGUGGAUACUUUACGAUCGAUUCAAAGAACCUUUUUACGCUACGCCGAUAUUCAGAGGGAUACAUUACGCACUUGGAAUUUCAAAUCUGACGAAUGGUGCUGUAAUACUUACAUGGAUUUUCUGCAACAGUGGUCGGCGCACAUUUUCAAGUGUGCUGCCAGUAAUAAUCUCCAUGUUGCAUACGAUGUUUAUGCCACUACUGAAACAUCCACCAAAUACAUUAUGCGUCAACUGGAGUUUCGUAUACAACGUUUGUACAAUUGUUUCAUUUUUGGCAACUACGAACUGAGAUGCCAAUUUUUACGCAAACCAGAAAUUGAUUUUGAAAAACUUUUCGCUAAACUUGACGAAUUGCAACAAUAUUUCGAUAUAAAAAUAAAGGGCGGACGCGUUUCAAAUAAUCGUUCUGGUCGACGUCGACGCCAGCAAGAUGAAACUAAUAACAUCUACGACAAAUGCAUACCAUAUGGAUUUCCAGAUAUCCAAAUGACAACUAGUUUAAAAACAUGUUUUUAUUUUCCAAAUUCAAAUCAAGUUUAAAGAAAAUACAUACGCUCAAAAGUUCGUAAGUAAAUGGUCAUAUUAAAGAUGAAGAUCUGCUUCUGACCUAUGAUUAUGAUAUUAUGUAUAAUUUUGACUCUAUCCAUCCUAAUAUUUAUGUAUGAAUGUAUUGUGUGUAAAUAAUGAAAUAAUAAAUUCAAAUUCAACAGUAUAUAAAUUGGAAAAAAAUAAAUAUAAACAAACAAAAUUAUCAUCUGUUGUAUUUUCCCAAUUUAA